AUGUUUUAUCGAACUGACGCGAAGGUAAGUGUGUAGAAAACAGUUUAUUAAUUGAGAAAACGCAUGUUUAGCUAUUGUCGUUCGGCUGGUCGGAACGCAACUUGUACGCCUUCGUUUCUAUCGAAUCUUUUGCGUGUAUCAUUGCCCUGUAUCGCUUCACAACUAUGGGAACAUUAAAGAGAUUUGAGGAGAAAAUAAGUGCGUUGAAAAGUUUGAGGGUGAGUUUUUUUUUUACAAUUGUAACUUAUAUUAAUCAGAAAUCCGGCGGUUUAACUUCCUGUUUCUAGUUAGCUGGGUAUCAUCACAAAAAUCCCCAAAAGUGUAAAAUGUUUGCAGACAACUCCUGUGCACAUGGUGCAUGACGAUUAUGGUAAACUUCGAACACGAAUGCUCAUCCAAUCCAUCUUGAUUCCCAUCUUUUUCAUUCUCACCUCAACCUACCUGGUCGCCAAUCAAAUUGUCCUCUUUGACACGUAAGUCGACACCGUUCUCCGGGUUUCCUUUUCGAAAACAUUGCUUCAGAACUCAACAAAGCGCCUGGUAUUUCUACUACGACGCCGGAGUUUCGCUAUUGUGUGGCUAUGUGAACGUGCUCUAUCUGCCCGUUCAUUCGAUUCUUCAUCACGGAAUGGCGCGCGAAUUCGAGGUUUUCAACGAGGAACUCGAGAAUGCAUCGAAAAAUAAAGAACUGAGUGUGAGUCGUCGGAAAAUUGGCAUUAUUUUAAGCAAAGUUACGAUUUUUCAGCGCCCUACAGUAAUCCGAGCAUUCGGCGAUAGACAGGUCCAACUUUUCGAGUUUACCAAUCAUAUGACUAGCAGAUUGAGUGAGUUAUAUUGUAGAUUAACGAAAAAUGCGUUUUUUUUUGCAGCCCGGAUGAUGAACUACGCUCCAUUCUCGAUUCUUACCGCCACAGCGAACGUCACUUUUUUGGUGUUCAGGUAAAGUCGGAAUGCGUCGCCGCUUCAAAACAUUUUAGGUUUUUUUCGAACGCAAAUUUAACGCUGAAUAUCAUAAAGCCAACAUUUUUGGUUCUAGUCCAAUGUCCGGGUCUGAAAUUGAUACAUUUCAGCGUGAGCUCUCAAUCAUCACUUCUCUACUGGUUCUGUCUGCUCGGCGAAAUGAUCGCUUGCACUCUGAUCUCUUCAAGUCUUCUCUACCCGCCUGCGUACGUUCAAGAAACGGUAAGAGCCACUUUCUAUACAUUUUCCGUGUUCCGUGUUCCGUGUUCCGUCUUCCGGGUGUUCAAAAUCUAUUUCCGCUCUCAACCAAUCAAUUGCAGAUGCUGAAAACGUCGACAAUUCUGAUGAGCGAUGCGUCACUCCAACACUCGCCGGACGCGUCGGUCUAUCAAAGUUACCGUAUGAUGGUCGACCGCUCGCUUCACAAUCGGACCACAAAUACAGUAAUCCACGUGUUCAGUGUGACGCGGAAGAAUGUCGAACGAGCCUAUUUUGUCAUCACUCAAAUUGUACUCGUCAUGACCGUUUUUUACAAUUUGACCUUUCCCUAG